AUGAACCUGGAGGCGCUCAUAGACUACCUGUGCCGACGGGGUGGCGAUCAAAGCGGAUCGGAGAGCCAGGGGGGCGACGCUGCGUAUAUCAGCCCGACGCGGGAUCGUGGGUUUGCACUCACAGGGAUUGAGUCUCUUCUCCUCAGCGCCCCACGGGCGGAUCUCGUGGAGCCGAUCAUCCCACUCUACACCGGAGGGGAUGCGAUGCCUGCAGAGAUCGUGAAGGACAUUGUUGGAACUCGUGACGUCUACGACGCGUUAUCGAAGACCCGCUCUGCAUUAAGAGAAAUGGGUCUCGUUUCUGAAAGCGCUUCUGGAGGGCCCAACGAUUCGGUUGCUUGCAACGACGACACGACUUCGGAGAGGACGACGCGACAAACACAGCGACCCAUGAACAAUCAUCCGGCGAUCCGCCACUACCCUACACACUAUUUUGUGCGCACUGUUAACUCGCGUGGUCCACCACCUGGCUGGAGCUACUACAGCGUGAAUCUCGGCCUCAAGUCUGAGGCGAUGAAUAUUCGAUACACACUCAACCGAGCCGAUCCCGACACUCUGCGGCGGGAGUUUGACUCACUUGAGGUUCAAGGGCGAACCAAGAGCAAUACCCUGCACCUGUUUGACGAAGCAUCAGAGAAAUGGACCGAAGUACCCUGUGGAAGGCUCAAAGAAUCGUCUGUGAUGACUAAUGGGGAGCCUUCAUCACUCCCUUCUGAUGAGGAAGAGCCGCCGAUGGAGCGCACCACGCUGCGCGUGCUGACGUGGAAUGUGCAGUUCAAUCGGUAUAGCGGUGAGCGGACUCCACUCGGGCGAACGGGCAUUGAUUGGUGCACCACCACGCGCUAUUUGGCAUUGAGUGAGGUCCUCUCGAAGACAGAUGCGGACAUUAUAGCGAUGCAAGAGGUAGAGCCCAGCUGGUGUAGCUUCCUAUGCCAGCAGCCGUGGGUGCGCACGGGGUAUGUGUUAUCCUCCCAAGAGCGCAGCCACGCCAUCGCACCGUGGGGUGUCAUGAUGCUUCUCCGCAAGGAUUUGAAUAUUAAGGCAUUUGAACAUGCCAAUGUGCCCGCGUUCUCAGGCCAUAUCAGCGUCAUGCCAGAGGCGACCCUCACCUUAUCGAAGCAUACGCCACCAGUGAUGGUGUCCUCUAUGCAUCUGCUCGCACCGUAUAAUCAGAACAACGUCAACAACCGUGAGGUCCAACUGGAGAAUAUGUUAAAACAUCUGAAGGAGCUUGCAAACCAAACUACAGAUUCGUCUUCGGCGCCGUCGCAUGUUCUCAUGGGGGACUUUAACGAUACCCCUGCGCGAUUCUUCCGAAUCCCAAAGGAACUGGGCUACCGGGAUGCGUGGGAGGAGUUGCAUCCCCAUUGGAUGUCUGCAGAGGCUUCGUCUUCCAGCUCAUCUGUUGCCACCGCCGGCGAGGCGGAUGGUGCGAAACGCGGUUACACCAUCGACGGCGAUGCCAACCCAUACGCAGGUCGGAUUAUCGAGAAGGAGUUCUACGGUCGCCCGGAUCGCGUGUUAUACUCGUCAAAGCAUCUCCAACCCACCUGCGCGGAGCUCGUGGGCACGCAAUCGGUUUUGGAGGUUCUGAAGGAGAAGGGCAUUACGAGACAAGUGGAUCACCCACAGGAUGAUAUCCCCUCAUACCUUUUCCCGUCGGACCACUUUGGCAUGCUCGUUGAAUUCCAAGUUCUGUAG